AUCUAGGUUGCACCUGUUGCUCCCAACUCAGUUAUAUGAGCUGAUGAACAAGGAUUGAUCUUCCCUGGAGCUUCUCAAGAAAUGUACUCCUCCAUGCAACAAAACGAAAUUCUGUUUCCCCCUCCCUCCCAAAUCUCAGCCCAUGAAUUCAUUAUCUGCAGCUUUUCUCACACUCUAUGCUCAGUAAACGUCUUUGAGAAAGAAGAAAACCAUGGCAAACUGCGUCAGUUUCUCUCCUUGGACGAUGAUCUUAUUAUUAUGCAUUAUCCAGUUUUAUUCAGCAAGAGCAUUGUGGCUUCUGAAUGUCUUGUUUCCUCCGAGUAAUACCCCAGAAGCUUCCCUGAAUAACAGCACUCCUCCUGUCGUACUGGUCCCAGGAUGUUUUGGAAACCAGCUAGAAGCAAAAGUUGACAAAGAAGAUGUUGUAAACUGGAUGUGCUACAGAAAAACCGAUGACUACUUUACAAUAUGGCUGAAUCUGAACAUGUUCUUGCCCUUAGGAAUAGACUGCUGGAUAGAUAAUAUAAGAGUUGUUUACAAUAAGACUACGAGAAUGGCUUCAAAUGCUCCAGGUGUUGAUGUCCAUGUCCCAGGUUUUGGAAAGACCUAUUCUGUUGAGUACCUGGAUAAAAGCAAGUUAGCUGGUUAUUUUCACACUCUUGUACAGAAUUUAGUGAAUAAUGGGUAUGUAAGAGACCAGACAGUUCGAGCUGCACCAUAUGAUUGGCGUAUAGCUCCCAAUGGACAGAAAGAAUACUUUGAGAAACUUAAGAGCCUGAUAGAAGAGAUGAGUAAUAAAUAUAAUGAGUCAGUCUUUAUCAUUGGUCAUAGUCUUGGCAAUUUGUACCUACUUUAUUUUCUCAACCAUCAGCCACAGGAAUGGAAAGACAAAUAUGUAAAAGGAUUUAUAUCCCUUGGAGCUCCUUGGGGAGGUGCUGUCAAACCUCUGCUUGUACUUAUGUCAGGAGACAAUCAUGGCAUUCCAAUGGUCUCUAACAUAAAAAUUCGCGAAGAGCAACGCAUGACUACUACAAAUCCAUGGAUGCUCCCAACAAACUUAGGAUGGCCAGAAUCCCAUGUCUUUAUUUCUACGCCUUCUCGGAAUUAUACUUACAAGAACUACCGGAAGUUAUUCCAUGACAUUGGGUUUGAGGAUGGCUGGUACAUGUGGGAGGAUACAAAGGGGCUGCUAGAGGGACUUCCCCCACCAGGUGUUGAAGUAUAUUGCAUCUAUGGUACCGGGAUCCCUACUCCAGAAACAUACAUUUAUGGGGAAGGUUUCCCAAAUGAGCCUGCCAUAGACAUCAAGUAUUCAGAUGGGGAUGAUACAGUGCAUACAAGAAGUAUGGAGCUGUGCAAGAGGUGGAUCAGUCAGCAGAAACAGAAAGUGCACAUCCAUGAACUUCCUGGGAUUCAGCAUCUUAACAUGGUCUUUAGCAAUGAGACAUUAACUCUCAUUAAUGAUAUACUGCAGGAAAGCAUUCUAGACUGACAGAAUGAAAAACAUUGAGUCCAAAUAGGAAGCAAAAGCAAAGGACCCUGCAAAACUGACAACAUGUUCAGACAGCCAUCAUUACAGAUGUACUUUACUUUUACAAUAUAUUUGCAGAUGGUCUUUUAGAUAUGACAGAGUAUGUGCAAUAUGUAGCACCAGUUAGCAAGAACCCUCUGCAUUUUAGGACAUUAUAAUAUUAAUGUGUAAGGCUUUAGAAAGUGAAGAAGAUAUUUACUAUGGUUAAAUGGGAUGAACAUGAUACUGUUAUGUGAAGGUGUUUUUUCUUUAGUUGCUAUUCACUGAAAUAUAGUUAAUCGCUUUUAUAAAUUCAUGGGACAAUUAGCAUCUUUGUUCAAUAUGAGCCAAAUAAAUUUGGUGAUGCCUUCUGGCCAUUUCUGUGCCGUUCAA